CGACACUAACCAUAUAGUCAAUGAUAAUGGUGAAAGAAGAAGGAUGUAUAAUACAGACUCAUCUAUAGUAAAUCUGUAUAAAUAUAUUUAAGUAUUUAUAUUAUAAAUAAUGUAAUGUUCAAAGUUUUUCUUUUGGACUGCUCAACUUCAGGGUACUGAUUUACAUGGAUAAAUUUGUAUCAAGACGGAGUGAGGUUAUAUGUAACGCCAGCCGACAUUGAUCACCCGGAUAACUUAAUAGUCAGUUACGCACAAAUUGUGUAUAAUGCAUAUUUCAAACCAAGAGAAUCUUAAACUUAUCCAAAAAUGGAAAGGAAAACGUAAAACUGUUUUGAAGUAGGAUCAAGAAUUGUUAAUGAAUUAUAGAUUCCUGAAGCUACAUUGGACCAUUUGGAUGAUUUAGAUAAUUGUAUGAAUUCAGAGGCUAUUUAUAAAUGUGGUCUUCCUGCUGCCGCAAUAUCUGCAGUAUUGGCUCACGCUCUUAUUCCUAAUAGCCUAAAACGUCUGAAACUUGUACUAGUAGGUAGUUCAGGCCUAGUAUCAUUCAUGCUUGGAAGAAUAGUGUAUGGCGGUACCCUGUGUCAACAGAAGGUAUUUGGCCCAAUAAUUGCCAAACGUUCGAAAAGAAAUGUACUCGAUAGUCCUAAUUUCCUUGAAGAUGUCGAUCAAGAAAAUCAACAAAGCAAAUUAGUUACACCUUCUGAUAAGUUAUUAGAAGAUGAUUCAUCAUGGACUAAUUUUGAUCCAUACUUAGAUAGUAAUGUGAGCUACUUUGAUGAUACAGGAAGCAAUUUUCAACAAGAUUUUCCAACAGAACAACUAACAGAACUACCAGUAGAACAACCAGUACAAGAAAAGAAAAGACGUGUAACGUACGACGAGUUAUGGGCACAAAACGCAGCAAGUCAGAUGAAACGGUAUAGAGAUUUUGGAUGAUAAACCGAGAGGCACCAGUAAUUCUUCAACAAACUUUCGGAAAGUUACCACUUUCGAAAAUGAUAUUUAAUGAAGAAAAUAUUUGGUGUUGAAAGAAACAUCAUGUUUUAUAUAGAUUUUUAGGGUUCGUACAUGUUUCUUGUAAUCGUCGAUAUAUAAUAGAUUUCAGUAACAAUAAAACGCGCUGUUAAACAUAG